GCCUGACGUCCUUCCGCUUGGUGUUCUAACGCCACGCAUGCGUGAAGGGUACUCUUUCACUGCAACGUCAGCGGUUUGGUAGGAGCGACAUCUUUUCGGGCUCGGAGACUCUAGAAAGGACACAAUGGAUCAAGUAAUGCAAUUUGUGGAGCCCAGUCGCCAGUUUGUGAAAGAUUCAAUCAGACUUGUGAAAAGGUGUACAAAGCCUGAUAGGAAAGAAUUUCAGAAGAUUGCCAUGGCAACAGCCAUUGGAUUUGCCAUUAUGGGAUUCAUUGGAUUCUUUGUGAAGCUCAUACACAUCCCAAUUAAUAACAUCAUUGUUGGUGGUUAGAACCUUUCUUCUGACUCAAUAAUGCCGACAUAGAAAAUGAGGUUGGGAGAUCAGCAAGGAACACUUUAUAUUUUGUGUUUUAUCAAUAAAAUAUUUUGAUUUGUAUAA